AUGAUUAAAAAGGAGAUAAGCGUGUGUCAACAAACGCAGGCCCUUCUGUACAAGAAUUUUCUUAAAAAAUGGAGAAUGAAAAAAGAGAGCUUAUUGGAAUGGACAAUAUCGUUGCUUCUUGGGCUAUAUUUGUGCCUCUCUUCGGAAUUCUUCAGAGCUACCCAUUUUCCUGAACAGCCUCCUCAUGUUCUGGGACGUAUGGAUCAAUUUAAUGACUCCGAUCUAGUGGUGGCAUAUACCGCAGUAACCAACAUGACGCGGAAGAUAAUGGAUAAGAUGGCUUUGGCUUCUUUUGUGAAAGGAAGAACAGUCAUUGGGACUCCUGAUGAAGAAACCAUCGAUAUAGUACUCGCAAAAAAACACCCCGAAAUGGUGGGAGUUGUGUUUAAUGAUUCUUUUUCAUAUCGGCUGAAGUUUCCUUGGGGGUACGGAAUCCCAAUUAUAAAAGAACACUUGGAAUACUCAGAACACUGUUGGGCUGAUCGAGAUGAACCUUUUUGUUCCUUGACAACAUUCUGGCAAAGAGGGUUUGUGGCUUUUCAAACUGCAAUUAAUGCUGCAAUUAUAGAAGUCACAACAAAUCAUUCUGUGAUGGAGGAGCUGACAUCAGUUAUUGCGAUAAAUAUGAGGACUUUACCUUUCAUUUUUAACAGAGGAUCUAUAAGUGAAUGGUUUAUCUUUAUUUGUGUAGUUUAUUUCUCCCCUUUUGUAUACUUUGCAUCAUUAAAUGUUACAAGAGAAAGAAAAAAAUUUAAGAAACUGAUGACAGUAAUGGGUCUCAGAGAGUCAGCAUUCUGGCUCUCCUGGGGAUUGAUGUAUGCUGGCUUCAUUUUUAUUAUGUCCAUUUUUAUGGCUCUGGUCAUAACAUCUAUCCAAAUUAUAGUAAUGACUGGCUUCAUGGUGAUAUUCACACUCUUUAUCCUAUAUGGCCUGUCUUUGAUAACGUUGGCUUUCCUCCUAAGCGUGUUGAUAAAGAAACCUAUCCUCACCGGUUUGGCUGGGUUUCUCUUCACUGUAUUUUGGGGAUGCCUGGGAUUCACGGCACUGUUUAGACAACUUCCUUCGUCGUUGGAAUGGGUUUUAGGUCUUUUCAGCCCUUUCGCCUUCACUGCUGGGAUGGCCCAGAUUUUGCAUCUGGAUUAUCACAUGGUUGGUGCCAUUUUUCCUGAUCCCUCUGGAGAGGCGUACACAAUGAUAGUUACUUUCUUCAUUUUGGCACUUGAUACUCUGCUCUGUUUGAUAUUGACCUUAUAUUUUGAGCGAGUUUUGCCUGAUGAAGACGGCCGCCGGCAUUCACCGUUGUUUUUCCUAAAGACUUCAUAUUGGUCCCAACAUCAAAAUACUUAUCAUGAAGUCUUUGAGAAUGAAAUAAGUCCUGAGUAUCUCUCUGAUGGCUCUUUUGAACCAGUGUCUCCAGAGUUCCACGGAAAAGAAGCCAUAAGAAUCAGAAAUGUUAAAAAAAAAUUUAACGGAAAGCCUGAAAAAAUAGAAACAUUGCAAGGCAUAUUUCUUGACAUAUACGAAGGACAGAUCACCGCAAUACUUGGACACAGUGGAGCUGGUAAAUCAACACUGCUUAACAUUCUUAGUGGGUUGUCUGUUUCUACAGAAGGAUCAGCCACUAUUUAUAAUACUCAACUCUCUGAAAUAACUAACAUGGAAGAAAUCAGAAAAAACACUGGAUUUUGCCCACAGUUUAAUAUUCAAUUUGAAUUUCUUACUGUGAGAGAAAACCUGACGCUAUUUGCUAAAAUAAAAGGGAUUCAGCCAAAGGAAGUGGAACAAGAGGUGAAAAGAGUUAUGAUGGAAUUAGACAUACAAAACAUUCAAGAUGUCAUUGCUGAAAAAUUAAGUGGUGGACAGAAGAGAAAACUAACCUUUGGGAUCGCCAUUUUAGGAGACCCUCAGGUUUUGCUACUGGAUGAACCAACUGCUGGAUUGGAUCCUUUUUUAAGGCACCAAGUUUGGAACCUUCUGAAGGAGCGGAAAACAGAUCGUGUGAUCCUUUUUAGUACCCAGUACAUGGAUGAAGCUGACAUCUUGGCUGAUAGGAAAGUGUUUCUGUCUAAUGGGAAGUUGAAAUGUGCAGGGUCAUCUUUGUUUCUGAAGUGAAAGUGGGGUAUUGGAUAUCUUUUAAGUUUACACAGGAAUGAAACGUACAAUCCAGAGAGAAUCACAUCCCUCAUUAGACAACAUGUCCCUGACGCCAAGUUAACAGCAGAAAGUGAAGAAAAACUUGUGUAUAGUUUGCCCUUGGAAAGAACAAAUAAAUUUCCAGAUCUUUACAGUGACCUUGAUAAGUGUUCUGACCAGGGCAUAAUGAAUUAUGGUGUUUCCAUGACGACUCUAAAUGAAGUAUUCUUGAACCUAGAGGGCAAAUCAGCAAGUGAUGAGCCAGAUUUUGGCACUCAGAAACAGGAGAAAAUCAAAGUGACGAGAGAUACUGGAAUUGAGUCUGAAACGCAACAGGCUCUUUGUUCUCUCCCUGAAAUGAGAAAGGCCGUCAGUACCGGAACUCUCUGGAGACAACAGGUCCUCGCAAUGGCAAGGCUACGCUUCUUAAAGUUAAGGCAUGAGAGGAAAGUUCUUUUGUCCUUGUUACUGGUACUUGGAAUUGCUUUUAUCCCCACCAUUUGUGAGAAGAUAAUGUCUAUGGCAUUUUUUUACCCUCAUCGUUGGGAGCUUUCAUCCAACAGAGUAAAUAGAACUCGAACUGAAGGGAGAAGUUACUGUGGCGGCUUUUGCUUCAGGUGCAAUAUGACACAAAUUUAUCUUUUCCAGGAUGACACAAUGCUGGGAAUUGGGUUUUUGGACUGGUCCUUACUUUUGUUGCUUGCAAGCUGCGUUUCUCCUUACAUCGGCAUGAGCAGCAUCAAGGAUUACAAGCAAAAAGCUCAGUCUCAGUUAUGGAUUUCAGGCCUCUUCCCUUCAGCAUACUGGUGUGGACAGGCUCUGGUGGAUAUUCCAUUAUAUGGUCUGAUUCUUCUUUCAAUACGUUUAACUCACCACUUCAUGUUUUCGAUUUCCAUACUUUCAUGGGGACUCGUGUUUGCUCUGGUGGUUUGCAUGAUUGGUUGUGCAGCUUCUCUUAUAUUCCUCACAUAUGUGAUUUUGUUCAUUUUUCGCAAAGGGAGAAAAAAUAGUAGCUUUUGGUGUCUUGGCUUUCUUAUUAUCUCAAUAUUUGUAUUCAUCAUCCUGGUAUCAACUCACUUUGAACGUUUCAAGUUAAUUUUAUGCAUGAUUUUAAUACCUUUGUACACUUUAAGUGGAUUUUUCACGUUUUUGAUAGAGCUGUCCUUUAUAAAUACGAGAAGCUCUGAAAGUCUGGACAUUGGAAUAGAUGAUGUUAAUGAAACCAUUCUCUUAACAAUCUUAAUACCAUACCUUCAGAGUGUCAUUUUCCUUUUUGUUAUAAGGUGUCUGGAAAUGAAGUAUGGAAAAGAACCAAUGAGGAAAGAUCCAGUUUUCAGAAUCUGUCCAAGAAGUAGGGAAAGUCAUCCAAAUCCAGAAGAGCCAGAAGAAGAAGAUGAAGAUGUUCAAAUUGAAAGAGUGAGAACAGCAAAGGCCUUCACUACUCCAAACUUGGAUGAGAAACCAGUCAUAAUGGCAAGUUGUUUACACAAGGAAUAUAAAGAGAAAAAGAAAAGUUGCUUUUCAAGAAGAAAGAAGAAAAUAGCCAUUAGGAAUGUUUCCUUCUGUGUUAACAAAGGUGAAGUUUUGGGAUUACUGGGACACAAUGGAGCUGGUAAAAGUACUUCUAUUAAAAUGAUAACCGGGGACACAGAGCCCACUGCAGGAGUGGUGGUUUUACAAGGCUGCAGAGCAUCACCAAGCCCACAGGGAGAUGACCUUGUCAAGUUUUUGGGGUACUGUCCUCAGGAGAACCCAUUGUGGCCCAGUCUUACAGGGAAAGAACACCUGGAGUUGUAUGCGGCAGUGAAAGGACUGGACAAAGAGGAUGCCGCUCUAAGUAUUUUAAGAUUGGUGGACGCGCUCAAGCUGCAAGACCAGCUGAAUCUCCUCGUGAAGGCCUUGUCGGAGGGAAUAAAGAGGAAGCUGUGCUUCGCGCUGAGCAUCCUGGGAAACCCCUCGGUGGUGCUUCUGGACGAGCCGUCCACGGGGAUGGACCCCGAGGGGCAGCAGCAAAUGUGGCAGGCAAUUCGGACCAUUGUUAAAAACACGGAGAGGGGCGCCCUCCUGACCACCCAUUACAUGGCAGAGGCUGAGGCGGUGUGUGACCGUGUGGCCAUCAUGGUUUCUGGAAAGCUGAGGUGUAUUGGUUCCAUUCAACAUCUGAAAAGCAAGUUUGGUAAAGAUUAUUUACUAGAAGUAAAAAUGAAGGAACCCACUCAGGUGGAACCUCUCCACGCAGAGAUUCUGAAGCUUUUUCCACAGGCCACUGGGCAGGAAAGGUAUUCCUCCAUGAUGGCAUAUAAAUUACCUGUGGAAAAUGUGCACCCUCUAUCCCAGGCCUUUUUCAAAUUAGAGGCAGUGAAACAGACCUUCGAUCUGGAAGAAUACAGCCUCUCUCAGGCUACCUUGGAACAGGUAUUCUUAGAAUUCUCUAAAGAGCAGGAGCUGGGAAAUUUGGAUGAUGAAGUUGAUGCAACAGUUAGAUGGAAGCUCCUCCCACAGGAAGAGCCUUAAAACCCUGAACCUCUUAACGUUAGAUUUUAGGCCUUACUACAUUGUUCGUUUCCAUAAUUCUAGAAGGAUCUUUCAUAUUGCUGCAGUUAACAAAACAAAAUAUUCAGUAGUUAAGCAUUCAAUGAUGAUUAAGGUUUUCAAUGGCUUUUUAAAUUUUAAAAUGGAGGGGAGAGGUGAAGAUAGGCAAAGUUACUAGACAAAAUUAACAUAAUCAAAUGUUAAAUUAGUCACUAAUAUAGGUCUAUUUUGGGCUUAAUAUUAAUUCAAAAAUCACAUAAUGUUAGACUAGCUUUUUAUUAUAUCACUAAGGCUGAAUGCUAAGCACAUUUUACAGAUAAAACAUUUUAGGUUUUUUUAACCUCUACUUUAAUGAAAUCAGCUAUUUUUAAGCAUUAUUAAGUAUCAAUUUGAUGUGACAUUGACUAUAAGAAGAUCUAACAAGCUGAUGGGUGAAAUUAUAUAGUAUGGCUUUUAAACGAUGAUAUAUUCUUAUUAUAAAAUAAAUUUAUGCUAAUUUUAGGAUGCAUAGAAAUUAUGUGGAUGAAGAUAAUAGGAAUCUGUAAUAAAGUACCACAGUAGAUAUUUUGGCUUACCUAUAUUCAAUGUGCUUUUUAUGAGUACUUUUUCAAAUGUGAUAUCAGUGAGCAUAUUUUUGUACUUUUUCACUUCACAGUUCAUGACCAUUUCUCUUGUCAAUAUGGCACUUUUUUAUUAUGUAACCACUGCGUUGCAUCCCUUUGAUGUACUAUCAUGGUUUUUACUUAACCUUCUGACUAUUGUCCGACAUUUUGGCUAUAUGCAAGUUUAAUUCUUAUAAAUAAAGCUGUGAUGAACUUCU